CUUUGGAGCAAUAUCAGAGACCACCUAAUCCUUUGGGCCGUACGAUUCGGCCCGCUCUAGCAUUUACAGUUUACCGAAGCCGAGUGACAGAGAGGAGGGAAGGGAACAACAAAUAUGUUACUUGAAAUUUAAGAGAUCUUCAAACCCAAUCCAUCGAUCACAAAUCAAUAAUACAUCAGAGAAGUGGAAGUGGAAGUGGAAGAAGAAGAAGAUGCUGCCUACUGCUUCAACAACAAAGGCCCGAUCGGGCCCUCAAGCCCGGCCAAAUUCGUUUUUCCCCUACCUCCGCAGAAUAGUCAAGUGGCAACAGAUGGAUAUUGAGUACACUUUCUGGCAAAUGCUUAACCUAUGCACAUCACCAAAAGUCGUAUAUCAACACACCAAGUAUCACAAGCAAACAAAGAACCAAUGGGCACGUGAUGAUCCUGCAUUUGUUGUCAUAUGUAGUCUUCUUUUGUCAGUUUCCCUUAUUGCAUAUUGUGCUGCGUACGACCAUAGUGCAGGGCAUGCUGUUUUUGUAGUUAUUUCAACUUUGUUCAUCCAUUUCUUUGUAAUUGGUGCAAUUUUGGCUACAAUUUGUUGGUUUUUCACUAACAAUUAUCUUCGAGAAGAAGCUCCAAACAGUUACGUGGUGGAGCAACGGGUGGAAUGGUUGUACGCCUUUGAUGUACACUGCAACUCUUUCUUCCCUAUGUUUGUGCUGCUUUAUGUUCUUCAUUAUUUUCUAUCACCUCUGCUAGUGGCUCAUGGGUUUGUUCCUUUACUGCUAUCAAAUGCGCUCUUCAUGGUAGCUGUAUCAUACUACCAUUACCUGAAUUACUUAGGUUAUGAUGUAUUGCCCUUCCUGGAGAGGACCACUUUGUUCCUGUAUCCAAUUGGUGUUGUCCUAGUUCUUUCCCCCAUACUAUUUCUCAGUGGCUUCAACCCAUCGAGAUAUUUCAUGAACAUGUAUUUUAGCCAAAGGCAAUACAUCAGCUAAAAACUUCUUAAGUAACUUGGCACUACCCGAGAUGAUCCUGUAAACACAGCAGCUUGAUACUGGUUUUUUUCCCACGGGAUAGAUUGGUUGAGAGGAUUGUCUCGGUGAGAGAUGUUAGGCCAUUCGCUGCUGAGGAGUAAAGUAGGAAUUGAGUGCGGAGCUCCUUGAGUGGUUUCUUCCUAACUGGGACAGCGGAUUAGAUUAGCAAACUUAUAAUGUUUUUUGCUUCUUGAUUGACUCGUAUUCUGAGCUCACUAUCAAUGGCCUGCAAUAGUGAAUGUUCAUAAUAGAGCUAGGCUACACUUCUAACAGUAACGAUUCAGAAAGUAUGCCUUGUCCUGUUCCCUUUGUGCUUAGUCAGUUAUAUUCAUUGUGCCUACUGCCUAUGUAUGUGUAAACUACUUGUUCAAACAAUUAUACCUUCUACUUUUAUCACAUUUUGUGAGUUUGUUGUU